GCGGCUGCGUUUGCGCGUGCACGUGGUUUGUUUACUGUUCGACGCCGCAUUGCACAUAAUACAGCUAGUUAUGGUUUUUUUUCUUCCUUACGUUGUGUUUGAGCCACGCAUCGGUUCCCAUCGUCGAUUGUAAAAUCUUAUUUCACUUAUUAUUUUGACCCACUGUUGUUAUUUUACACGGAAAUGGAUAUCUACUCCAGUUUCUCCAUGUGUUCACUUAUCAGAAUUUGUCACGCAAUACAGUCCAUCUGUGCAAGUCCAAAUAGUCCCAUUCCUCUGUCAUGUUAGCCGUUUCGCUUCUCCAUUCCCUCUCCAUUUGCAGAUAAACGCUUCAUCAUUGUGUCGGCUGGAUGACUAUCGGGUCCUUAUGAAAAUGCAAAUGUAUUUCUCUCUAGGAGAAUGUGCCGCUGGUGGCAUUUCACUUAGAUGGAGGGGGAUACCUGGCAUUAAUUUUUUUUUUACUUUGUUAAAAGUCUUGUGUCAUUCAAGACUCCAUCAUGACUGGGAGCCAGCUGCUUCAGGGAGGGCUUCAGUAAGGCUGGCACUUUCGCCACUGCCAGACGCUGACGUGAGUUUGGGGGCCUCAGGCUGUCGUCUUGGUGUUUUGAUGAGGUAACGGCAGACCCCGGAAGCCCAGCCCCUGUGUUGCGCCACCCCUUCCCUCUCUCCUCCUCCCUACCCCUAUCCAACCAGCCAAGCCAUGGGCCAGAAGAUCUCGGGGAGCAUCAAGUCAUUAGACGUGCGCGGAGAGCCAUCCUACAGGCCCCUGAGGAGGGAACUUAGAGGGCCAGAUUUCUUCAAGCCAGCCCGGCUGGACCUACUCCUGGACAUGCCCCCUGCUCCGAAUGAGCAGCAGCUUAGACAUGCCUGGAACCCAGACGACCGCUCGCUUAAUAUCUUCAUCAAGGAUGAUGACAAACUCACCUUCCAUCGGCACCCUGUUGCCCAGAGUACCGAUGGCAUUCGUGGACGGGUGGGAUACACACGUGGACUCCAUGUUUGGAGGAUCCAUUGGCCUGUUAGGCAACGGGGCACACAUGCAGUGGUGGGUGUGGCCACGCCAGAUGCCCCUUUACACUCAGUGGGUUACACUUCUUUAGUUGGCAGUGAUAGCGAGUCCUGGGGCUGGGACCUGGGACGUAACAAGCUUUACCAUAACAGUAAGAACCGACCGGCCUCUUCUGCACCCACAUACCCAAGCUUCCUGGAGCCAGAGGAGGCCUUUGUGCUGCCAGAUGCCUUGAUAGUAGUGCUGGACAUGGAUGAGGGCACGUUGAGCUUCAUGGUGGACGGACAGUACCUCGGAGUGGCCUUCAGAGGUCUUAAGGGCAAAAAGCUGUACCCCAUUGUCAGUGCAGUGUGGGGCCACUGUGAAAUCACCAUGCGCUACAUCAAUGGCCUAGAUCCGGAGCCUCUUCCCCUGAUGGACCUGUGUCGACGUGCAGCGCGGGUGGCUCUGGGACGAGAGCGCCUACAGGAGAUCGAGACAUUGCCUUUGCCCCAAUCUCUGAAGAAUUACCUCCAGUAUCAGUGAGAGCACGGGCCCUCACAAAGAGACGCACACACACGGACACAGAGAGGAAGCCUGAGGCACUACUAUAGCGCCACCAUCAGGUCGCAGAAGGAAAAUGUUUACAUUGUGGCUCACUGGUGGAAUCUUAAAUUAGUUUUUUUGUUUUGUUUUUCAGUUUUUAUUAUCCUCUUUAUGAGUUGUUUAAAUUAUUGAUGGCUUUGGAAGAAGCCCGAGGGACAGUGUGACGCAGAGCUAGAGCGGCGGCUCAACAGACCUGCAGCGCCUCCAGGUGUACAUCUCGCCCUGAAGAAUAAAACAGGAAGCGACGUUUCAGAAAGCACAUUAACCUUGGGAUGCCUUUGAAAGCCCACACAGUUAUAAUCCUUCCUCUUUCCCUGGGUGUAAGCCUGUAGAGCACAGUCAUCAGACACAGGAGACCGAGACGGCCACAGGUCGGAAUCCACCACACCGGAGCCUCAGCAGAAGAAACAACCCCUGGAAGGUGUCGAUGCGGUGCAAGUACCUUCACACAGAACCACCAGGGGACGGUUACAUGACCAACAGCAACCAUUUUUCCUUUUUUUUUUUCUGGGAUGGACGUGUAUUCCUGAGGACACACGUGCGUAUGGAAAAAAAGACCAACAAUCAUAUACGGAUUUCACUUAUUUUUGUUCUCUGUGGGCUUGAGUCACUUUUCUAUCUGAUUUUAAUGUCAGUGUGAGAUUUCAGUUGAUGAUGAUUUUAUCAAGAUGUUUGGCUAUCGUUUAAUUUUAUUUAUCAGGUUCUAGUUCCUUUUUAAUGAACUGAGGAUGUGCGAGCGAGCACAUAGAUAUCGAACAUGAUCAUACACUCGUCACAUAUGGACUUUCUAUUUUAAACUGGGAUGCUGCUUUUAUUAUUAUGAUGAUUAUUAUUAUUCUGUCUGAACGCUCAGAUAGAAGUCUGGUUUUUCAGAGGCACACAGUGGAAUGUAAAGAUCUUGCUAGCGUUAGCAUAUUUGAAAUGUGAAUAAAAGCCAAGUGAAUGAGAA